AUGAAUGAGUUAAAGAAACCAAGCGUUCACAUAGUUGUACUGGGGGAUGUCACUCGUUCGCCGCGUAUGCGAACUCAUGCGAAUUCCUUCGUCCAAAGUAAUUGGGAUGUUAAUUUUUCUGGCUAUGGGAGCCAUCUGUCCACACCGGCUUCCAAAGAUGAAAAAAUCAAUUUCUUCUACAUUCGUGAACCCCCAAAUUGGUUCGAUAAGCUGUUGCCCCGCAUAAUUGCAUUACUCUUUAAGUUGAUAUUUCUCUCCAUAAGCCUACUUUUGCACCUCGUGAGAAAUUUUAAGAGCCAUAUGCUGCUGGUACAAUCGCCGCCUGCGGCACCUACAAUGAUCAUCGUCUGGUUCUACGCGUUUUUACGAGGUGUGCCGGUUCUAAUUGAUUGGCACAACUAUGGGUACACAAUUUUGGAGGCCUCCUCCGGCCGAAAAACCCUCUCCUCCAAAUUUUAUAAGCUCUUGGAAAUCAAUUUCGCCGGUUCCGUCUUCGGUGCCAAUAACCGUGUAAAGUCGCGUCACUUUUGCGUCUCAAAAGCACUGCAACGUGACCUGUACGAGCGAACCGGGAUCAAGUCUAGCGUCCUCUAUGACCUACCUACCGGAGAGUUUCAACCGACUUCUCCUGAGCGCGCACACGCCCUCUUUAAAAAAUUGGGACAGAUGUAUCCGGUGCUGGAUGAGCCUGACAGUCCCGAUCAAACAGCUUUCACGGAACGCAACAAGUCUGGGACUAUUUGCUUGCGUGUGGAUCGACCGGCUCUUCUGGUCAGUAGUUGUAGUUGGACACCCGAUGACGAUUACAGCAUGAUGCUGGAGGCACUGGACAUCUACGAUGCUACUGUGGCCUCAUCGCCUAAUAUUGCCUACCAUAGGCUCUUCUGCAUUGUAACCGGUCGGGGACCGCUGAAGAAACACUUUGCUGACAUAAUUGCCAAGCGCAAUUGGAAACACGUUGUAGUGCUACUACCGUGGCUCGAAUGGUCCGAUUACCCCGUCCUUCUAGGCUGCGCCGAUCUGGGUGUCAGUCUACAUCGCAGCACUUCCGGUCUGGAUCUUCCCAUGAAGGUAUAUUUAUCUUUCAACAUCGAGAUUACUCAUCCGCCCACCUCAUAA